UUUGAAGUUUCCCAUUGUACAUUAUUAUGCCAUUUUGUAUAAUUGUUUUUCGCCCAUCUUAAUUGAAAUAAUCCUAUUUCAUUUUCUGUUUCAAAAGUAACGCAGUUAGAAUUCGCUGAUGUUGAAAUAGAAUUUUUUACUAAUAAACUUUUUAUUGCAGAUGUGAAUUGCAUGACAUUUGGAUUGUUAUUCCAUGAAUUUCUGCGUCGUACUUGGGCAAAAAACAAUUCCAAAUGAUCUUGACUAAAUCUAUAAGUCAUUAAGUAUUUCAUCGAUGACUCAACUAAAAUAUCUUUAGCAAUUUGCAAAAUGGAUUUUACAGCAGCCGCAAAACCAAUAAUAAAUGUCCUUCUUUUUGAUAUACAUAAAAGAAGGUGAUUGUGAACUUUUAAAGAGUACAAAUAAUUUAUGUGUUUUUCCAUUCUCUCUUGCAAAUAAUUAAUAUUAUUAAAAUAUAUAGGUUUUUUAAACCCUUUGGCAAAUGGAUUACGAGAAUUCAAAAAAUCAAAAAUUUCGUCGAUAGCUUUAAUAAAUUCCACAGUAGCAUUACACUCGUUAAAUCCAUCAACUUCAGACAAUUGUAAAAAUUCAAGGGCAGGUAUGUGUGUGCUAUCUGACCUAUUUCACUGUCAGCAUCAAUUUUACGUACAAAAAUAAUUAUAUUAUGAUGUUUAUGAUUUUCUAAUAUGAAUGAAACUUUAUUUCUUUCAGCUUUAGCCAAGAAAGGGACUUGGUUUACACUUCUAUCUUACCACUCUCAUCCUUCCAUACAUGCAACCUUACAAAAUCUGCAACUCUGUUUCUACCUUUUGUUUCUUAUCUAUGUUAUCUCAAUACUCGUUACAUCUCAUCUCUAGCCUUAUUUCGUCUUUAAUACUUACAAUAUUUACAUUAUUAUACUAUUCUCUACCUUCGUACAGUUCUUUUCCUUUCUUUUCUUCCUUUUCAGUUAUUUACACUUAUCUGUUCUUAAAUACUAUACUAUACAAAAACUAUAACUAUAAAAUAAUAAACAAUAAACACUAGACGCAGUCAGUAACACUGUUUUGUUACAUAUAACCAUCGUUUCUUUCGCAUUACCUUUUACUAUACUAAAAUAUUCUAACUUUACCUAACUUGUACUUAUAUCCACUUAAAUUACAAUUAUAACUAUCACAGCCUCCGAUCACAGCCUCCAAUAUAACAUUACUAAAAUAUACAAUAUACUACAACCUAUACGCACCACUAUUUACCUUUUCUCGCAUACAUCAUUGUUCGAGAUUCACUGACUACGCCCAGCGCUGAGCGCGAGAAUCGUGCACACGAGACUUGGAAGUCUUCGAUAGGGAUUUGACGGCAGGAUUAGACACAGCACACAAAAGAAUUGAAAAUGUAUUUAUCGUCUCAACGAAAUUAGGUCACGGACGAGAGCUUCUAACGGAUGACGUGGUCGACUCGGCGCAGUCAAAGAGAGCUUCAGAUGGGUGUACUCAGACCUGAACAGGCGGAGAUCUUGCCGCGAUUAAUUUCUGACGGGAGUCAGGCGGAAAUCUUGUCGCGUGUAUUCUCUGCCGUACGUCAGGCGGAUAUCCUGACGCGUAGAGUAACGUGGGAACUCUCAGACCGAUCGUCACAGAUUAGGACUGGAACUUCAGUUCCUUACAAGUUUAAUAUUGGUUAACGCAGAGAACCCGAUUUAGUAAAACCAGGCGUCGAAUGGUCGUUCGAACGAGACUCGGUUACACGGCACUCGCGAGGUGAACCGAACAAAGAGAAAAUUACGAGCUAGAGAAGAAGACUUUCUUAGACUAGAAUCGUGAGACGACUGACGCGGUUUCGCCGCAGUAUUUUCCUCAUUUUGUCUUCAAAACUAUCUUGUUAUUCGCCCGAGUUGCUCGAACGACGAUUCGACAUGCCCAUAUAUGGCAACGCGAGCCGCUUCGACCGAUGUUUGCCGAACAUUAGAGAAAAAUAUUUUCCCCUGCUCAGACAAAUACCGUAUGUACUGAGUCCUUGCGAAGGACUGAGAUUAUUUCGUGAGAAAUUAGGAUUUUACAAAAAUUCUCUUCAAAACUAUAUUCAUUUCGCUCAUCCUCAAACAACCAUCUUUACUAACACCUUCCUUUUCUCAUCCCAUAACUCGUCACUAAAUAAUUUCUCUAACCUACGCUCAGGUGGUCCUAGUGUGACAAAUAAAUCUUUCAUCUCUGUACACUCUCCUACAUAAUGUUCCAUACUAUCUUUUCCAAUUUUACAAAAUUUACAUAUCCUAUCUGACUCUCCUAUUCAAUAUUUAUUCUCCUCUUCCAUAUUCCCGCAUCGUAAUCCAACUAACGCCCUGAUUGCGCUACCAUUACUUUCCUUAUUCAUAUUCAUUGCUCGCAAAUAGUGCGGCUGAUCUGUUCCUAAACUCAUUAUCCUAUAACGUUUAUUGUACCGUGCAGUACCAAUUCUAUUUUCUUCCUCCUGUCGUUGUACCUCAUAAUCUCGUUCCCGUAAUAAACUUUCUACAUCCACCCCAUUUCUCCUAAAUUCCUCUAUCGCCUCUAUCCCCCAACCAUACAUAUUAUAAUACAACUCUCUUUCUUUACUAUACAGGGUGUUUCACUCAAAGGUUUAAACCUUCCGCCCACAGGUAGAUCUGGUCACAUUAAAUAAAAAAGUCCUAUACCAUUUUGCAAUUUAUCACGUAAAUUUCGAGUUAUUAAUAAAAGAUAUUGAGCGAAUCAGUUCGCGCGAGCCAGAGCGAGGCGGGUAAGCGGGUAUAACAGGGCUUGCCGCUCGCGCGACGCGAUGGCCGCGAGUAUCGGAUUACAGCGGCAAGCGGCGAAAGACGAUACGACGCGUGGACGAUAAUUUCUCCGCGUCUCAUUCACGCGCGCGAGUUACCGAGGAAGUAUUGUCACGCAUUUUUUGUUCUGAUAUACGUACAAGUGUUAUUUAUUAAUAAAUAAAACUUGUGUGUACAUCAGAAAAAAUAUGAUUAAUAUUAAUUAAUAUUAUUAAUUAAUAUUUUGGUACUAUCUUUUUCACACCACUUUGCAGUAGAUAGCAUGGCGCGUUUUCUUUUAUAGUCGUUUCCCCAAAUAGGCCUAAUCCACUCCAAUAAACUAAUGUAAGAAUUGUUCGAAGUGCCGUCCUCCUUCUCGUAUACAGAUUUCGGCUCUUCGUGUAAUAUUGCGCGUCGCACGGUGCGCCAUGCUCGGCCGAAGAGCCAAACUCUAUUACUAUAUCGUUUACAAUUAUAUAGUCUAUAACGAAGCACUCCCUCGCACCUACAUAUGUGAAUUCCCCUUCCCAGUCUCCUUUAAAACUACCAUUUAGUAUGUGUCAUCCGUUUUCCUGGACUAAAUCUACGAAUUUCCUUCCUCCUACCCCUAUCGUCCUAUCUUUACUUCUUCUUACCAUCAUAUCAUUUUCAUUCUCAACCUGCCCUAUCUCUCCUAUCCGGGUAUUAAAAUCUCCUCCUAUGAUUAUACCCUCUCCAUUACUACUUUCCUCUAUUUUUCUAAAUAAUUCCUCCACCUCUGUUCCCCAUCCCUCACUAUAUAUUAUAUAUAUCCGUACCCAUGUUCCUUCCCAUUGCAGUCUUACGUAUCCUAUUCCGUUAGAUAGUCUUUCGAAAUAAACAUUCUCUUUACUUCCAAUCCAAUCCUUUGCUAUCCCAACUAUCAUUCCUCCUCGCGCUCUGCCUUUUCCUCUAAACCUAGGGUGCGUUCCGUUUCACGCAUGAUGCGCAUGAGUGUCUUGCGCAGAGCAUGAAGUGCAUAGCCUGUUCCGUUUUUUAAACACACUUCAUGCAUAGAUAGUAACGGAACAGAUCUAGUGCAGUUCAUGCAGACAAAUAUGGAUGACAAUUUAAAUAAAUCGCAAGUAAUUGCUAUAAUAUCUGUAUCAGCUUCUUUUAUGAUAAAAGAAGAAGACUCAUGUGUUUCAAGUAGCAGUAGUGAUGAAAGUGAAGUUUCAAGUGAUGAAGAGAAAACUGAAAUGUCAACUUUGUUCGCUAUUCUGAUGGUUGGAAACACAAGAGGAGUGAAUAUUCCUAAUGAAAGAAUAAUAGAUUAUGUUGAACGAGUUGUGCCAGACUAUUCGCGACAAUUCAAGGAAUACUUCAGGAUGUUUCCUGAAACGUAUGAAAUGAUUUUAGAUUCAAUUGGGCCAGCUUUAUAUCAAACAAAUGCAAUAGGAAGGAAACAAAUACAUCCAAGCAAACAGCUAUUGAUAACAUUAUGGUUUUUGGCUACUCCAGACUCUUACAGGUAUUUUCUUUUUUUGUAAUAAUUGGUAUUGUUAUUUGCUUGUACAGUUAUAUAACAUAUUUGUUUUGACAGAUUAAUACAUGUUCAGUUUGGUGUUGGGAAAGCAACAGCCUUCAGAGCAGUGAGACCCCAGGCAGCACACAUUGGUUUCAAAACCGUUUCAUAAACGUUUUGCCGCAACGUUUCAUAACCAUUUUAUUGA